AUGGAUCACAGCGAUGAAGGAAGUAGGAAAAAGACAAACAAUGUGAAUCUUGACAAACUUAUAAAUGACUUCUCACAGAUAGAAAAGAAAAUGAUAGAAACCAAUGGAAAGAACAAUCUCCUGAAUAUUCAAUUGGAAAAAGCUAAUAGUUUAUUAAAAGUAAUGCAAACAAAAGAGGCCUCAGUUAAAGAAGAAUGCACUUCUCUUCAUAAUAUGAUAAAAGGGCUACAACAAACUAUUCAGUAUCAACAUAAUUUGAAAGAUGAAAAUGAACAACUGAAAAGAAAUGCUGAUCUUUUGACAGAGAAGUUAAAAGCUCACGAGCAGGAAUAUAAGAAUAAUAUUGCCAAACUUAUAAAUGAAAUAAAAAUCAAAGAGGAGGGACAUAAGCUAGAAAUAAGCAAACUUUAUCAGGAUAUGCAGAAAAUGGUUGAAUUAAAUGAAGAAAAGCACAAAGAACUAAUAGCAAAAAAGGAGCUGGAAAUAUCAGAGUUAAAUGCAAAGUUAAGAACUCAAGAAAAGGAAAAUAGAAAUGAGAUCAUGAAGCUACAUCUAGAAUUUGAUGCCAAACUAUCAAGAGUUCAGACUAAAUCAAAAUCAUAUCCAGAUGCUACUAUUUUGCCACAGAGUAUCUACAGACGGAAACUUCAACAUCUUCAAGAAGAAAAGAGUAAGGAGAUUGCAAGUCUUCAGAAUACAAUUCGUGAGUUAGAGCAACGCCUUGCUGCUGCUGUCAAAGACACUCACCUUAAACAUAGACGGUUUUGAGCAGACCAGUAAAUGUAUUAGUAAAUUUAAUUUCUUUAAAAGCAGCUAAAAAUUCACUUCUAUUUUCAAUGUAAGAAUCCUAAAUAAUAAAAAAGACACAGCCUUAAGUUUUUUUAAAUUGCAUUUAUUCAGAUAAAUCCAUACCAUACCCAGUUCUGUACUUCAUUCUUGUGGAAUGACAUUAGCCAUAACGAGUUCAGGUUCAUAAGUUUAGUUUCCCUAUUAAACCAUCAUUGACUAUGGAAAUACAUCCCUACACAGUAUGCAGAUUAACAACAUGCUUUUCUUCCAUUUCAUCUUUCAAGACACAAUUCAGAAGAGCAAUACAAUGCUAGAUAAAGAUACAAAGAUAUAUGGUAGUGAAAGUAAAGAUGAGUCUUAGAUAUAAAAAAGAUAAGUAGAUAUUAAAAAUGUGGUCAUGUAGUUUUUUGCAAAAUAAGUACUUCUGGAUCUUAGAUUUUAGAGAUUUAAUCUGUUAAAAAUAUAGGAUUAUAAAAGGCAAAGAUCCUAUAUUUUAAAA